AUGGGAGACGGGCAGCGGCUCGUCUUAGAGAAGCAGCUGAUAGCUCGCGUGCAGGAGCGCUGCAAGCACAACAUGAGCGAGAUAUUUGACUGCGCGGACCUGCUGGGGACGGAUUCACGUGGCGCGUUCCGCAGACUCGACACACUCGUAGUGUUGUUCGGGAUAGACGGAGGAGAGUCGCCGCUCUACAUCCUCGAUCUGAUAGACGCCUUCAUUUACGCGCUACGCGCACACUUCGGAACACCUGACCAGCUGGUGGAACGUGCUUUCGCGCUGCGCCUGGACGAGGUGUCGCACUUGCUGGACGAGAUGGUGCAGGGCGGGUUGGUGCUCGAGGCAGAGCCUGACGAGGCGGUGGCUCACCUGAGGGCCCAGUUGGACAGCGGCCCGGCAAGAAGCCAGUCUUCGUCAGUAAGCUGCUUCCUCUCGGAUCUCGCCACGAAGCUCCGCAAGUGA